GAAUAAAAGGCUCUACGAGGAGCCUUGGUAAGGCAGUAUGCGACUACGUGUCGCGCAUCCAGUUUAACGAAAUCGAUAUAUUCCGAUUGGUGCUUGUCUUACUACCAAACAGACUGGUUGUCCUUCGGAAAUCGUGUAUGAAAGAGCGAAAGAGAUAAAGGGACGAUAGAAGGCGAGAGAUUCGGAGUGUUGAUCACGCAUGUGAUCAGAAAUUUUACGAAGAUAAGAAGAAGCCGAUUAAGAAUCAAUUCGGGGACGGCAAUUCGGUACAGAAAUGGUGAAAUAUUUUCUAUUUGCUAACUUGUUUUUUUCGGCGAUAUUCCUCACAAAUGUUUGCGAGAAUUAUGCCGCUUAUACUCCUCCGCGAGCCACGGUGCAGGCACUUCAUCCCACGGGACUACGCAUUUCUAUUCCUGACGAACAUGGUAUUACAUUGGUAGCCUUUCAUGUAAAAUUCAAUGAAGAUUUUGAUGGCUUGGAGGCUGGACAUAUUGCGAAAGACAUUCUCAAGGUUCGCAACGGACAAUGGACUUAUCAAGAUCGACACACUCAAUUAAAGAGAGAUGAUAUUGUCUAUUACUGGGUUCACGUUGUAUAUCAGGGUCUAGGGUACAACUUGAUUGAUCAAAUGCAUCGAAUUGUUGACUUUUACAAUUACGACGGCACUCUGCAUAUCGACGUGACGGCUCAAAGUUCGCAGAACACUUGCGUGAUUAAAUCGAUCACACACUUCUUGAAGGAGGAAACAUCAUCUGCAGAACAGCAAGCUUGUCCACAUCAACUCAUCUUUGAGGACAACUUUGAUGAGCUUGAUAGUGCAAAAUGGAAUAAAUUGAACCAAUUUGGCGGUCAGCCGGAUUAUGAGUUUGUCGUCUAUAUGACCAAUAAUGUAACGGAUACGAGCGAUGGGAAGCUCCGCAUUAAACCAGCCCUACUUAGUAAUCGAUUUUCGAACGACUUUGUAUCUCAAGGGACCUUAACUCUGGACAGUUGCACUGGCGAUAUUGAUAAACAGGGUUGCCAUCGCCAAGCUGCUGGGUUGUACAUCUUACCCCCUGUGAUUUCCGGACGUAUUAAUACAAAGGGGAAAUUUAAGUUCCUCUUCGGGCGUGUCAAAAUAAGAGCUAAAUUGCCACGUGGCGAUUGGAUAUAUCCUGUGAUAAUAUUAGAGACCGCCGAGAAUGCAUGGGAAAUGGGACAGCAUCGCGAGAUUAGAAUUGCAUCUUCGGUGGGCAACGAAAACCUAACGACUUCUAACGGCGAGAACGUCAGCGGCCGUAUACUGGUUGCGGGGGGACUGAGCGGCUCCUUGAGCGAGAGUAACGCGGACAGUACUAAUCGCAUGGCACUGCCAAGGAGAGUGUCGAACAAACUCUGGUCGGAUGACUUCCAUAUCUUCGAAAUCGUAUGGAAACAAGGCGUUAUUGUAGUGAAGGUCGACGGAGUGGAGUACGGCGAGCAAACUGUAGAUGUAUCGUUUAACACAUGGUCAUAUUUAACUUUGGGCGUAGCUGUCGGAGGUAAUCAGGAGUUUCAGGAUUUCGUCACGAGCAAAGACUAUGUCAAACCUUGGCGAAAUGUCGAAGCGAAGGCGAUGUAUAAUUUCUAUCAAGCGAAGAAUAAUUGGCUUCGCACAUGGAAUCAAGAAACUACAGCGCUUCAAGUGGAUUACGUGAAAGUGUGGGCACUGUAAAUACUUUUACGUGCGUAUAUUUUUAUACAAUCUUAGAUUCAAUACGCGCGUCUUUUUCUUACAAAAUAAUGUACACAUUCACAAUAAUAAUCACAUUUAUAUAUAAA